AUGCCCCGUUUAGACUUCUCAUGCGGGGUCUCCGACAGCCCUCGACAACCACCAAGCGGCGGCGGCAGCGCCACGCGCAAUAUCGGUAGUCAGCGCCCUUUAUCGCGCACGUCUCUCUUCGGCAAUCCUAACAGCGGGGUCGGGAGGAACUUGAUGGAUCGGCUGCAGCAGCAGGACGGCGCGGAUCAGAUUCAGCAGCAGCGACGACUCGCCUCGCAUGCCGGCCUUUCCGCAGGAAAGGCUCUCGGCUCUUCCGCGGCUGCAGAGAUGCAAUCGCCUUCCAGCAUGCCGCUCGGAGCCAAGAUCGCUACAUCCGAGGUCCCCGAGUCGUCGCCGAUAAGUGUGCUCUUCUGCCCUCAGACGCCAUCGUCAGCAGCGUCUCCCGAGUUUCGCUUCGGCGCCAACCCCUCCCCUGAACUCCUCUCGCCCAUGCGCAUGCCGCCCUUUCACCAGCUGCUCCCCUCGCCUCUCUCUCAAUCCUUCUCGCUCGCCGACACGCCAACCCAGGCGCCCGCCUCCGCGCCAAGUACCUCGGAGCCUACGCCGGCGACGUUAGCGACAGUGCCGGCGUUUCCUCCAUCGCAAAUGCCGUCGCCGUUGCCGUCGCCAUCGUCGUCGGCGUCGGCGAUGGACGUAGGUUCGGUGCCGUCGUUACAAAUGCCGUCGGCGUCGGCGCACGCGCACGUGGCAGGGGAGGAGAGCCUUCCGCAGUUGGCGGAAGCCGGAGCCGGUGUUGGCAGGGGCGCGGAUCAAAUCGACGCGGAUCGUGCCGUUCUUGACGGCGCGGCCGACGCGGGCGGUAGCGAGAAGUGCUUCUUGCGGCCCGCGCUGCCGCCUCUGAACAUCGACGCGUGCAGCAGAGGGGGAAAAGUGCGCCGCGGCCAUCUUCCGCCCAUCCCGCUGCCGCGCAACCCGAGUUAUUCCAAGGAGCACCGCCUAGGUCGCAGCGGCAGCGGGCGCAGCAGCGGCGCCUUUGAGGAACUUCUGCUCGCCGCCUCCGCCGCCUCGCCCUCCGCGCACCCGUCCCCGCCCGCCUUCGGCGCGCAUCCCGCGCCGUCUGGGAGCUCCGGCGGCUGGCACUGGCAGAGCCUCAGCCAAGAGAUGCGGUCGGCGCAGCACGCGUGGUCGCUGGAGGGUGGGGUGGCGGAGGAGGGCGGGUGGGGCGCGCAGCAGGCGGAGUGGAUGGUGGGCGGGGACGACGAGGGGCUGGGGUCCGCGGAGUCGCUGCAGCUGAUGCGCCAAUGGGAGGCGGAAGUAGAGGGGCUUCCGCUCACGGAGGAGGAGGAGCCCGGGUCGCCCAGCACGCCCAGCAUGGCUCCGCGCUCCACGGACCUCGAGUGCCCCGACGCCCCCAACUCCAGGGUGCGGGGCGAGAUGUGUCGCACGAGCAGUCUGCACGACACGAAGCUGCUGAUGACGACGCAGCUGAAGCGGUCGCACUCCAUAUUCCUCUUCGACCGCCACUUCGAAUUCGUGCGCGAGAUAGGCCGCGGCUCCUACAGCAUGGUGUACGAGGCGCGCGACCGCAAGGGCGGCGCACGGUGCGCGGUGAAGGUGAGCAAGCGGCAGUUCCGCAGCAAGGGCGAGCGCGAGCGGUACAUGCACGAGAUCGAGAGCGUGGCGAACGUGCCCGAGCACGCGCACAUCGUGCGGUACUACCGCGGGUGGCAGCAGGACAGCCACUUCUACCUGCAGAUGGAGCUCUGCGAGGGCGGUAGCCUGCGCGCCCUCCUCGACUCGCUCUCGCACCCACUGCCCGAGGACCAGGUGUGGAGGUUCGUGCGGCAGGUGGCGUCAGGGUUGGAUCACAUUCACAGCAGGGGCGUCUUGCACCUGGACAUCAAGCCCGACAACAUCUUCAUCGACGCCCAUGGUAAUCUCAAGAUCGGGGACUUCGGGCGGGCGGUGUGGGAGCAGCGGUGGGACUGGGAGGAGGGCGACGGGGGGUACCUAGCCCCGGAGUUGCUACAGGACGAGCCACCCACCACAGCCACCGACAUGUAUAGCUUCGGCGCCAUGCUCUUUGAGCUCUCCCUCCCCGUACUGCGUGGCCUUCUCCUCUGCUGCGCCCUCGCCUGUGGCGUCUGCGCCUGGUCGCGCCAACCCCAGCUUCCCCCCGCCGCGCUCCACAUCCCGGGGGCAGGCAGCCCUGCCAAGGGGGGAGGGAGUCCGCUGAAGGGGCUGGGGGCGCGGGGGGGCAUGGGGGGCAGUCCUGUGAAGCCCAUGGGGGGGAGUGGUAGCAGCCCAGUGAAGGGCGGAGGAGAUGGGGUUGGUAGUCCAGCAGAGAGAGGUACAGAAGGCAGCCCGUGCAAGAGCAUGGGGCGUAGAGGGAGCGGGGGGUUGGCAGGUUCUGUGGCAGGUGCGGCAGGGGGAGGGUCGGGGAAGGAUUGGAGCGCAGCAGCGGCGGCUGCAGCAGCAGCUGUGGCAGCAGCGGAUGCAGCGGUGGGUGCUGGGUGUGGGCGGUCGGAGCAUCUGAGGGAGCUGGUGUUUGCACUGCUGCACGUGGAUGCUCAAGAGAGGCUGCAGGCACAUGAGGUGGUCACCAUAGCAGAUGCAGUGCUGCGAGGGGAGGUGGACCUGGGGCAGGGGUGCAUGCACAAGGCUCGCGAAGGGGCAGAGCAGUGUGGGGAGGAGCAACAGCAACAUGUGGAGCAGAUGCAGGGCGGGAGUGAACCUGAAGGGCAGUGCGAGGAGGCUAAUUGUGACGAUAGUGGGGCUGCUAUGGCGUUAGAUUGA